CUAUCUAAUGGGAGAGUUUCAUAUUGUUGAAUGUCAAAUCAGGAGAACGAUUGUGAGGGUAUCUGCUCUGUCCAAUGGGAGAUCUGUAUAUUGCUUGUGGGAUGUCUUUAAAAACAACUCAAGUUUUCAAAACUGCAUACAGAAGUUUCAAAACUUAAAGGAAGUAAAACUCAGCUACCAAUGCAUUUCGGAUGACAUCUUGGGGAUUCUUUGCAUGAAUCGAGGCUCCGCGUUGCAACAUCUGGUUGCCACUUGCGAUUCCAGCGAAGGUUUACGACACAGGAUACAGCCAGACAGCUGGUCAAAGCUGCGUCGGAAAUACCCGAAUAUAAAAAUAAGCUUCCGUGUAGUUGAAGUUGUGACUCAAGACCAGUUUCUUAACCUUCUACCGCAAACCACAGAAAUAUGCGACCUCAGUUACAGAUGUGGUUUGAGUUUGCAGUCGGAACAGAAUCUGAGAACACACGCCCUAUUCAUACUUCAAUAUAUAGAACAGACUUUUGCUUGUUUCCUGCGUUCAAUAACAUUGGAAUUCGGCUUUGUUACUAUACCUAAUUUAGGCAAUGCUAUUUUGGACUUGAUUAAAGCCUGCAAAUGGAUCGAGAGUGUUUAUCUUUCUGGAGUCAUGCGAUCGCAGCUUGCUGUCAGGAUGUGUGAAAUAGCGCUUCAAGAAGGAUCGGAACUGAAAAAUAUUUUCCUGAUAUUUUUCUUCACACGAAUUGAAACAAUUGAAGAAAUGAAUCAACUUUAUGAAUAUCACAAACAGCUAAAGGAAAAGAAAAUCAAGUUCCAGUUUAAUCUGUUAUCUCAUCAUUUACCAGAAUAA